AUGGGUGUUCAAAAGAAGGAGGCCUCCCGGCCCAAGUCGGAUAUCCCGACCAACCUGAAGCUCAAGGGCGAGAACUUUUACCGUGACCGCAAGAAGAUUAAGUACAUCAACAUGCUGCGUGGUGGCAAGGCAAAGUACGACAGCGCUGGAAAUCUCGUCAAGGCCGCCGACUUCCAGUCGAGGGAUGCUGCGCCGGCGCGCGUUGAGCCCAACCGCAAGUGGUUCGGUAAUACCCGCGUUAUUGGACAAAAGGCUCUGGAGGAGUUCCGCGACCAGAUGGCCACCAAGAUCAACGACCCGUACCAGGUUCUUCUGCGCCGUAGCAAGCUGCCGACCAGUCUGCUACACGACAACACAAAGAUCGGUCGCUUCAACAUGCUGCAGACCGAGGCAUUCAGCGAUACCUUUGGCCCCAAGGCACAGCGCAAGCGCCCCAAGCUGAACGCUGACGGCUACGAGCAGCUGGUGCAAAAGAUCACAGACUCCUCGGAUAACUACGACCACAAGAAGGACAUGGAUCUGCAGGAGAACAAGCAGACCGAGUACUCGGAUGCUGCCCGCGACUGGUACUUUAGCGCCGGUACGUCAAAGCGUAUUUGGAACGAGCUGUACAAGGUCGUCGACUCUUCCGACGUUAUUCUCCAUGUCUUGGAUGCGCGCGAUCCCGAGGGUACGCGUUGCCGUCACGUCGAAAAGUACAUCAAGACCGACGCGCCUCACAAGCACUUGAUCUAUAUCCUGAACAAGGUUGAUCUGGUUCCCACAUGGGUGACUGCCCGCUGGGUCAAGGUGCUUUCGCGCGAUCACCCGACGCUCGCGUUCCAUGCCAGCAUCAACAAUUCCUUUGGUAAGGGCUCAUUGAUUCAGCUGCUGCGUCAGUUCACCAAGCUGCACUCGGAUAAGAAGCAGAUCAGUGUUGGUCUGAUUGGCUACCCCAACACGGGCAAAAGCUCCAUCAUCAACACGCUGCGCCAGAAGAAGGUAUGCACCGUCGCCCCGCUACCCGGAGAGACCAAGGUUUGGCAGUACAUCACGAUGACCCGCCGCAUUUACCUCAUUGAUUGCCCCGGAAUCGUCCAGUUCUCGUCCGGCGACACUGAGGAGGACAUUGUGCUCAAGGGAUCUAUCCGCACAGAGAGCCUGCUGGCGCCUGAGGACUUUAUUCCCGACAUUCUCAAGCGCGUGCGCAAGGAGUACGUCCAGCGCCAAUACAACAUCGACAAGUGGGAUGAUGCCACUGACUUUUUGAGUGAGCUGGCCAGGAUCACCGGUAAGCUUAACAAGGGUGGUGAGCCUGACCUGCACGUUGUGUCCAAGAUGGUUAUCAACGACUGGCUGCGCGGACGCCUGCCCCACUACCGCGCGCCGCCCGAGUUCAGCAAGCCCCUGGAUAGCGACGAUGGUAACAAGAAGAACCGCAUCAACCUCGCCUCGCUCAACAUUAUCCAGCAGUUCAGCAAGAUCCCUGUCAUGACCGACUACUUGCCCAUGGAUCUCACUGGUGACAAGGAGCUCAGAGAGGAGGAGCGCGCCGAGAGGCGCGCCAAGAGCGGAAAGGCCGAGCCCAAGCGGAAGAGAAAGGCUGCUGAGAUCGACCAGGACGACGACGAGGUCGAGGCCGACUGGGACGAGGUCUUCCAGAGCGCAGUCAAUGACGAAGCCCCCGAGGUCGACUCGGAGCUGGAGUCUGGAUUCUCUUCUGCCGAGGACAGCGACGAGGCUUCUGAGGACCAGGUUUCGGAGAACGACAAUGCCAGCGAGAAUGAGGCCGAGGCCAAGUCUGCUGCCAUGGACGAUGUUGACAGCGAGGACGAGAAGCCCACCAAGAAGUCGGCUCGCAUGAAGACCAACAAGAUGAAGGUCGGAAAGCACUACUAUCCUGAUGCCAACAUCAAGAACAAGAACCGCAACAAGGUGCGCCCGGUGGCACCGGAGGAGAUGGUCAAGCGCAUGCGUAAGCCUGGAUCGUGGAAGGUCAACAAGAAGAAGUAG